UGGAUGAAUUAGAGGGCCCUCUCUACCUCAAUCAUCAUUCAUCUCUCUCUCUCUCUCUGGGCUGCACCUGCACAGCAUUAAACUGAUGAAGUGAGAAAAUUGGAGAUGGCAGGGAAUUUUGGUGAACACUCCACCUUCUGCACUCUAAUCUCCUGCUGCUUUAUUAUUCUACAAUAAUUACGUUUUUGAGGCGGUGGAAAUGGGCGGAGAAGCCGGUGGCGCUUCCCGGAAAUUCAGGAGAGCCGCCAAGAAAUUGUUUGUAUCUUUGUGCUUCUGCGACCCUCAUCUCCACACCUCCUCUGCCACCACUAUUUCGCCGGAAACCAACAUUUCUUGCAAUAAAUUUACCCCUGAUGCUGCCAACCACGCCAAUGCCACUUCAAUUACCAGCCCCUCUUCUAAUAAGACUUUGUGCGCGAUAUGUCUUGACCCUUUAAACUACAGCUCGGGGAGCAGCCCGGGCCAGGCGAUCUUCACGGCCCAGUGCUCCCACGCCUUCCACUUCGCCUGCAUUUCCUCGAACGUGCACCAUGGCAGCGUCACCUGCCCCAUCUGCCGUGCUAACUGGACUCAGCUUCCUCGCAACUUGAACGCUCGCUGCUCCCUUCACUCCAACAAGGCCGACCCCAUUCUUCAGAUCCUCGAUGACUCCAUCGCCAACUCUCGUGUCCACAGGCGGUCCUUCUUGCGCUCUGCUCGCUAUGAUGAUGACGACCCCAUCGACCCUGACCACACUACCACCACCCAACCGCGCCUCCAUCUCUCUCUCUCGCAUCCCGGCUUCAGCGCCAUGUCCUCCACCUCCUCCUCAAUGGCUGAGUCACCACAUCUCUCCUCAAAUGGAGAGACGCCGCUGCUGUGCUCCUCCCCGAGCAACAGGGCUUAUCUCCGUGUCAAACUAGCGCACCAGCCAGCAACGGACCUGGUCCUCGUUGCAAGCCCCAACGGGCCACACCUGAGGCUGAUGAAGCAGGCGAUGGCGCUGGUGGUUUUCUCGCUCCGCCCAAUUGACAGGCUAGCUAUCGUGACCUACUCCUCUGCUGCUGCACGCGUCUUCCCCCUCAAGCGUAUGACCUCCUACGGGAAGAGGACCGCUUUGCAGGUCAUUGACAGGCUAUUCUACAUGGGGCAAGCGGAUCCGAUGGAGGGGCUCAAGAAAGGGGUGAAGAUACUCGAGGAUCGCCUUCACAAGAAUACGCAAUCUUGCAUCUUGCAUCUAACAGACAGCCCUUCGAGAUCGUACCAUCAAUUUGACAUGGAGGUUGGUGUCACGGUCCACCGGUUCCACGUAGGGUUUGGAUUUGGGGCAUCAAACGGGUUCAUCAUGCGCCAGUUUGAGGAGUUCCUGGCGAGGACGUUGGGAGGGGCUGUGACGGACGUGCAAAUGAGGAUUGAACAGGGCUCGGGGAUUGUUAGGAUCGAGGAAUUGAGAGGGGGCGAGGAGAGGAAUGUGGCGGUGUAUCUGCCAGAUUAUGGACCUGUACGCAUCGAAUACAGCUAUACGGAGGGAGGAGGCGAUGGUGAGUGCGUGAGACGAGGCGAGGCCAUCGUGGGCGGGACGGAUAAAGGAGAUGGGAGUGGUGAUGGAGAUGGUGUGGGAAUAGGUGAAAGGAUGAGCAGUGCUGAGAACUGGGAUUUUCAUGAUCCUUUCAUGGCUAGAAGAUGGGCUAAACAUUUGCAUGGUUAUAGGCUUUAGUUAAUUCUUGUUUCUUGUAUUCAUUGUAUUUCUACACACACCAGCUUCACUCAUUUCAUUUAAUCUUAUUUUUUAGGUCUUGCAUUUGCAUAAGUCAUGAUAAUGUAAUGUGGUUGAGUUCAAAUGUAUUAUUGUUUGGUUUUAAA